AGCUGGGAGAAAAAAAGAGAGGACAUUUGCGACAGCUGUGUGGGGGAGGUACCGUAAAAAUUUUGGGCGUGUUUUUCAGUCGCAGAAAAGCGAGAAAAGUACGGAAAAUUUAACGGAAAUGAGCCGAAAGAACUGCAGAAAGUGAGCCCGCAAACAUGGUGAGGAGCACGAUCCUGGCAGCGCACUCCCUGCAAACGGGAUCCGGCGUGGGUCGCCUGGCCAUAACCAAGAAGCUGGUGCUCUGGUCGGUCUUAGUCCUGCAGGUGGGAUUCAUUGGCUGCAUAUGGCUGAUGCAGAUGAGUCGCGGCCAAGAUACCCAGCAGCGGAGUGCCUUGGAUCAGACUGCCGGCCGAGUCAACUUUGUGGCCAGUGGCGAAGCAGGAAAAACGGCCUCGGAAAGCGUUUCCCACACGAGUGGAACCCGCUGUCCACGGCAGCAGGAAAAUGUCAAUCGCUACGAAAGGGACUUUUACCAAAUGAAACCAAUCGAUAGACUGAACGAAUCCCACCUGCCCGACUACAAUGUACCCGCCUAUGUGGACGCAGAAAUGGGUCUGACCCCCGCCCUUUGGUGCUAUCGCGAGGGCACCAUAAACGAGACUCAGCAUCUCAACGAUGUAGACUACCUGAUUGCCCCGCUGCAGUGCAAAUGCGAGAUUGGCUGGCACGGCAGAGACUGCGGCCAACCGGAGAUCAUCUGGCGAGCUUUGAUGACCUCCAGUCGAGCGAGCAAACGUGGCGGCAGCACCCCGCUUCAACUGGUCGAGGCCAGUACCACUUCCCUGCACCGCCUGUUCUACAUGCUGGAGCUGGGAGCCUGGGAUCACCUAAGUCUGGAGCUCUUGGAGCUGCAAAUUCGAGCCCUCAUCAAGGUGGUGGACUACUUCCUCAUCUACUACGUGAGCAAUGGCAGCAAGGAGCGCAGUUUGGAGAGCAUGCUGGGCAGUAAAACCAGCUAUACUCUACUACGUUGCUCAUCCGAGAGCAACUGCAGCAGCUCCAUGGCCUUCAGUCACUUCAGGAGGCAACUGUGGCAACAGUGUGGCGUCCAGAUGCAGGCUCAGGACCUGCUGCUCCACGGGAACAGUGAAACGGUCUAUGCACCCGCAGCUCUCAAGUUUCUAAAGUACUAUGCAAAGGAUGUGCUGCCGAUGCGAUUCCGUUUGAAGUAUAACGUUUACGGAUUCUUCUGGCAGCAUCCGAAGAAGACCCUUCUUAACGGGGUGAUAAGUUCCUUGGGGCACCUGCACAGUGCCCAACUGGACGCCCAUCGGCUUCAGCGACAGGCGGCUAGCACGCUGGGCGACCUAAACCACUACGGCGGUUGGAACUGCGCGUUGUGCCUGCCACCCGAGCAAAUUGUGCUCCUGCUGCAGAGCUCCAGCCGGCAAAAGCUACCUGUAAAACUACCCAACGACACUAGAAAUGCCCACAUCGAUGCCACCUACAUGCAGCAGUUGAUAGCCAAUGGAGUCCACAUCGACGGCAGCACACAGUUGCAUCGGUUACGCGAGCAGAGCGAGAAGUAUUUUGCCCCGGAAGAGGCACUCCUGCAGAGCAGUCAGUACGGUCAGCUGUUGGUCAAUCUGUACGAUGUGGACGUUCUAGAGGAUCUGCAGGAUGAAGACUAACUACGCCUGCCAAGUCGAACUUGGGCAGCGCACCUGGACGAACCCGCAUAGAUUUACAAGGAUAUAUAUUUAUAUGUGCCUGCUUUUGAACCCCCAUCAAGGUCUUAAAAUCUCAUAAUCAUCAUAUCAUACUCUGCCUAAUCCACUCAUGCACUUCUAUGUUUUUGGCCAAGCAAAUUCCAAAUUUAGUAUCUCAGCAGACAGGACAGACAGACCCGCCAUCUGUGAUAAGAAAACCAGAACUAAACCAUGAAUUUACGAAAGAAAACCGAUAUGGACAACCGAGAGAGAUCUCAAAUUUGCUGGUAAUAAGUUGUGAAAUGGGUUGAACGGAAAUUAGCAUUAUUUUUAAGAUAUCUUAAUAUAAAUACACAUGAUCUGUAUGAAAAGCUUUUUAGACUUACUUUAAAUAUUGAUAAAAAUUCUCUUAAAGUCAAGCAAAUGUAAACGAAUUUUAAUUUGGUUACACAUUGGAAGCGUUAUUUGUGUUAUUAGUUUAUUAGUAUCGUAAAUAUAAUUAUAAGAAAAUUUGUUACCUUGCCAGAUCAAUUCAGUAUUUAAAAAUAAAAAUCAAAUAG